AUGGAACACAGGUUGAGUACCGUGCUUGUGGUGAAAGGUGUAAAGACUAGGUUUCUCCGCAACAACCACUUCUAUGGAGAGUUUCCUUCAUGCCUCUUCGAACAUUGCUUGCACCGAAUUGACAUCAGCAACAACAGCUUCUACGGCCACAUCAACACCAACUUCCGCAACAUGGUGCCCACUGACAAUGGUCUGCUCAACAUCGCCAGCAACUAUUUCUAUGGCGACCCCUCUCUCUACGCCAAUGGCUGCGUGUUCUGCCCCAACGGGGUCAUCCCGCCCGACGUGCUAGAAGACCCUUACGGAGAUUCAGGCAGCGGUGGGCAAUGUGGAGGCAGUUCAACACUCGUGGGGUUUCGGAAGCAAGGCCGAGCAAGUGUGCGGCUGAACUGCUUUGCGCUGAACGACCAGGCAGGGUGCACGGCGAAUGAGACGCAGCGGGGCGACGAGGCGUGCCUGUCGUUCUGCAGCAUGUCGCGGGAGCAGGGGCCAUGUGACGGGCAUGGGGCGUGCGUGCCGGUGCAGGCGGGGGCGGCAGAUGGGGGGUUCACGUGUGAGUGUGAGGAGGGAUUCGUGACGGUCAACGGCACCUUUGGCUCCACGUGUGCUCGACCUUCUCCUCCACUGUCUGUAGUUCUUCACUGGCCCAAAACUCCCCCCCACACCCCAUUUCUCCCUGCCGUUUCUACGCCCACCUCUUCAGGGCUAUCCACAGGCGCAGUGGUGGGCAUUGCCAUCGGCUCGGCUGCUGCGUUCGCCCUCCUCCUUGCCCUGGUUGUCGCGCUGCUCUGGCCAAAACAACGCAAGAAGUGGAGGGACCUGGACGUGUGUCAGGAGUUCAGCAUCAGUGAGAUUCUGCAGGCAACCGACAACUGGUCCAGCGACAACGUGCUGGGCAAGGGCGGCUUCGCCACGGUGUACAAGGGAGUGUCGCGCAGGGGAGAGCUGCUGGCGGUGAAGCGAGUUGAGCUCAUGUCCAACGAGUUUGAGAACGAGGUGCGGGCGAUGGCAUCGCUGCGCCACGACAACGUGGUGCGCCUGCUGGGCUUCUGCCUGCAUCAGAGCACGGAGAGCGGGCGGCAGGAGCAGAUCCUGGUGUACGAGUUCAUGGCCAAUGGGGACCUGCAGCACCAACUCCACGGCAACCGCUCGUCCCUAUCCCUGCAUCAACGGAUGAAGAUGGCGCAGGGAGCAGCAGAGGGCGUGGCAUACCUGCACAGCUUCACCCCGCCCAUCGUGCACCGCGACCUCAAGCCCGGCAACAUCCUCAUUGGCGACAACUUCCAGGCCAAGAUUGCGGACUUUGGGUUGCUCAAGAAGCUCACCCAUGCCGACGACGGCGGCGACACGACGCGGGUAGCGGGAACACCGGGCUACGUGGAUCCAGACUACAACCGAACGCACGUGGUGACUGAGAAGAGCGAUGUGUACAGCUUUGGAGUUGUGCUGCUGCAGCUGCUGACAGGACAUGCGCCGCAGGUGGAGGGCACCAACCGGGUCAUCUGCGGCUGGGCGAGCAGCAAGGUGCAGGCGUAUGAGUUCGCCUCCCUCAAGGACCCCAAGCUGGAUGCACCGGAGGAGGCAGUGGUGGAGCUGGCAGACAUCGCUCUCGACUGCGUCAAAGUGCCCGGCUGCCGCCGCCCCGACAUGAAAGACGUCGCACGCCGCCUGCACGCCAUCCUUACCAAGUACUGUGCAGACGGCCCUUCCAGUAGCAGCGCCGACCCUGCGGUUCACGUGGAGGAGGAGAGACCCAGCUUUGGUGGUGGCAUCAGCAUGGAGACGUUUGAGAGAAGCGAGCUAUCGGAGGGACCCAGUGAGUGGCCUACUUCCAGGAUCCUCAGCUCGUCUUUGUCAAGCAAGUGGUGGUCAUUCCAGCAAGUGGGACUGUGA